AUGAAGCUCUUCAACCUUCUCUUGUCUUUUCUCUGCAUGAUCAGUUCCGCUUCUUGCGGCCUCGCAGACACAGACAAGUUUGAGAGAUAUCGUUCACUCUCUCGCUCCGCCCCAAUCGAACUGAACGACUCAUCGUACGAAGAGAUAACAUCUAAGCCUCGCGACUAUCAUGUCGCAGUGCUUUUGACAGCCGCAGACGCUCGCUAUGGGUGUAUUCUUUGUCGCGAAUUUCAACCUGAGUGGGAGCUCAUAGCACGAAGCUGGAACAAAGGUCCCAAGCCCGACGGACUUCAAAUGCUCUUUGGGACCCUUGACUUUUCCGAUGGAAAGGGGACCUUUCAGAAGUUGAUGCUCCAAACUGCGCCUGUUCUCCUGGUCUUUCCUCCUACCGUUGGCCCCUUCGCCAAGAUUGACGACGCACCUCUGCGAUUUGACUUUAGCGGCCCUAUCUCUGCUGAACAGCUAUAUACAUGGAUGAACCGUCAGCUUCCAGAGGGCCCGAAGCCGCCACUUGUUCGUCCGAUCAACUACAUGCGACUUGUCUCCGGCAUAACCAUUUUGAUGGGUGCUGUGACCCUUUUUACAGUUUUGUCACCUUAUGUCCUUCCCAUUGUUCGUAACCGGAACUUGUGGGCUGCUUUCAGUCUGAUUGCCAUCCUCCUAUUCACAAGUGGCCACAUGUUCAACCAUAUUCGCAAAGUCCCAUAUGUUGCCGGAGAUGGUAGAGGUGGUAUUAGCUACUUCGCUGGUGGAUUUUCAAACCAGUUCGGCAUGGAGACGCAGAUUGUUGCUGCCAUCUAUGCCGUCCUAUCUUUUGCGACAAUUGCCCUUGCAAUGAAGGUGCCCCGUAUCGCAGACAACAAGGCACAACAGGUAGCUGUGAUCAUCUGGGGUUCCGUACUCCUUGACGAAGAAUGGGGGAUAUCCGUUUUUUCUUCCGCCAUUCUAGAGGAUUUCCUAUUAACAUGGUGGAUCAACUCUUCUUCCAAACGUCGAGAAUCUGCUUAA